AUGGCGUACGAUAUCAACUAUUGCUUUCAGGUGAUGAUGCAGUGCAUUAAUGAUCCUCAAUUCAUCCAAACUCUACGAACCUUUGAGCGGAAGCACUGCCGUGAGUUCGAAGAACAGGAAGAAAACAAAUUGAUUUACACGACGAUUCACAACGAGUACAUGCAGCUGAUCGAGAUGUGGAUUGAAGGGCGGAUGGUGCAAAUGAUUCCUUGUUUUAGCAUGGAAUCCUUCCUUCCUGAAUUGAAUGAGUUCAUCCAGUCAGGUGCUGCAGACCGGGGUGAUGCUAAGAAAGUGGUUGACCUGCUCAACUCAUGGGCGGACUUCCCAUCCUUCAAGGAAAAGAUGCUAGAUGCCAGCAAGUUGGUGGAGAAUUUUGCGAGACGCUGGAGACACCGGAUUCCCUGCCCAGAUCCUUGGGCACCAGCGGAGGGUCUUUAUAUUCUGGCGCUGUAUAGCCGCGCUGGGCACCACAUCCACCUGGGCCGCUACCAAUACAAGAGGCUCAUUGAGCAUGUCCUGUGGACCAGCUGCAGUCGUCCACAACGGCCUGGAGAGGAGGAUUUGUCCGUGUCACAAAUUCUCCUGGCAGCGUUUGCAGUUGCUCACUUCAAGCAGAAGGACAUCCUCAGGCAGCUUUUGCCGCCACUCCGCGAAGCGAUCCGCCAAAGCUUGCUGGAUGAAAGGCCAUUGGCGCCGCAAGAGGUGGCAAAACUUGCAUGGAUGUUUGCAUCAGCGCGGGUGCGAGAUGAUAUGUUGCCUUACGCAGGCGAUUUGGCGCUGUGCACUCCGAAUAUGAGGCUUUCACAUUUGGCGCAAGUUGCAAACGGCCUGAGUCGAGGGCUGGAGGAUGCGGCGGCACGCGAGCAGCUGCUCACAAAGCUGGCACAAGUGCUGGAUCAGAUUUCUCAGCGUGACCUCACUGAGCUGCAGCGUGGAGAUAUUGAGGCCCUCAUGAGUUCUUUUUUCUGGUUGCCUCCUGGCAGCUGCGCAGCACAGCUGGUGCCGGAGCUGCUGAGAUCCAUUCUGCAAGGCGUUUCUGUGGACGAGCGCCUGUCACCUCGCGCAAAGGUGAUCCUGUACCAGUGCUAUCAAAAGCAUCGUGAAGCAUUCGAUGGAGAGUUCGCGGCGACGGGACAGGAAAUUGAAGGUCAUUUUCAGGAUGUGCUUCAAGACUUGAGCGACCUACUGCUGAAGGCUGCAGAAGGAUCUCCUCCUUGGGCUUUGACAGAGCCAAAAGAAUAUCAAAAACGCAUGGAGGCACGAAUCUUGAAGGAGCCAAAUGUCUCUGGAGUGGACCCAGCUUCCGCGCAGCGACUUCUUGAGCGCCUUGAUGUGUUCACAGACUGGGACUUGCAGGACUGUGAGGUUGAAGCCUUUGAGCCGAGAUGA